CAGAUAUCCGUGGUGGGGUCACACUCGCGUAGCGUUUUGGCGCAUUUUGUGGUAGUGUUUGUGGCGAAAAAUAAAAAUAAGAAAUUCGCAAUGUCGACACUGGAGCUAUGCGAGAAGUACUUUGGGACACGGGAUGUGUACCAGCUGAUGAGCCUGGACAAGAGCGCCGCCGAAAAGGAGGUGAAGAAAGCGUACCACAAGCUCUCUCUGUUGGUUCAUCCGGACCGAGUGCCUGAGGAACAGAAGGCGGAGUCAACUGAGAAGUUCAAGGUGCUAUCGAAGCUUUACCAGGUGCUCACCGAUUCCCAAAAGCGGGCUCUGUACGACGAGCAGGGCAUCAUCGAUGAUGACGAUGAGGCAGAGUCUAAGUUAUCAUCGUGGCUGGAACUCUGGAGCAAGAUCUUUAAGCCAAUAUCAGAGGAGGACAUCAACAACUAUGAAAAGGAGUACGUGGACUCGGAGCUGGAGCGCACGGAUGUGAAGAAGGCGUAUCUGGGUGGAAAGGGGUGCAUCAACUACCUGAUGAACCAUGUGCCCUUCAUGAAGGUGGAGGAUGAGCCGCGCAUACAGAAAAUCGUCCAGGACAUGAUUGCCAGCGGCGAGGUGCCCGAGUUUAAGAUCUUCACCGAGGAGCCAGCCGCUAAGCGCAAGAAACGCCACCAGAAGUACGCCCGCGAAAAUAAAGAGGCUAAGGUCAUCAAAGAGCGCCUCCAGCGCCGCCAAAAAGAAAAGGAUGACCAGGAUCUGGCUGACAAUGGCGGCGAUCUGCAGCAAAUGAUUCUGGCACGUCGCAAUCAGCGGGAGUCCAACUUUGGCUCUCUGAUGGACCGCCUAAUGGAAAAGUACGGCAAUGAAGAUGACUCCGAUACCGUUGACUUCAGCUCCUUUGAGAAAAAGAAAAAGAAGUCCAAGAAGCCCGCCAAGCAUGAGGCCAAACAGAAGCUAAAUGGAGUCAAGACUGGUAGGGUGGAGAAGACCAAGAAUUAGGGCCGACCUCUAAUCCUUUGCGUACUCUCCUAAAUAAACAUAUAAUAUAGUUUAGUAUUAGCUACUCAUAUGUAUUUAUCCAUGUAUGUACGUAUAAUUCAUAAUUCCGUAAAAUUCAUGCUAAAUAGAGCAGUUUAGUUUUUGUUUAAAAAGUCCAAUUGGUAAACAAAUAUUUUAUGUGUACCUUGGUUCGUAAGUAAAUCAAAUCAAAUAAAUGGUUUAAAUAUUACUACUGGUCAAA